AUGAAGUUGCUUUCGGUGUCACAAGAUGCCACAAAAGUUUUAAAACGAGUAAAGAAAAAAAAAGUUAGACCACGAAGAUUUUGGACAAGGCCGGGACGAACAAGUGCUUGGUGGGACAACUUUGCCAGUGAAAUAAUCGUAGCAGAGGAAUGGAGGGAGAACUUUAGGAUGAGCAGAGAAUCGAUCAACUCUUUGGCGGAAGAAUUAAGACCAUACAUCGAAGGGAAAAACACUAUAAUGAGGAAAUCAGUCGACGUUGUGAAGCAAGUAGCCGUCACAUUAUAUUAUUUGAGCGACGAGGGUCGUAUGCGGAAAACAGCUAACGCUUUUGGGCUUUCACGGCAAUCUGUGUCAAAAAUCGUCCGGAAAGUGUGUAAAGCCAUAACAAUUUAUCUUGGUCCAAAAUAUAUUAAACUUCCAAGGACUGAGGAAGAAGUAAAUUGUCUGGUAAAAAAGUUCCAUAGAGCGCACGGUUUCCCUCAAUGUUUGGGAGCAAUUGAUGGAACCCACAUAGAAAUUAGGCAGCCUAAUGCAAACUCAACAGAUUACAUCAAUCGUAAGGGUCGUUAUAGCCUUAAUGUUGAAGCUGCUUGUGAUUAUAAUUAUUGUUUCAUGGAUGUUGUUGUCAAAUGGCCCGGGAGUAGUGGAAAAAUUCCACCGUGCAAACGUACAAUCCUUCCUGAUGAGGAUCCUGUGCCUGUAUUCAUUCUGGGAGAUCCUGCAUAUCCACUUAUGCCGUAUGUUAUGAAGGAGUAUUCAAAUGGUGGGUCAACUGUGCAAGAACAAUACUUCGGUUUGACCUUGUGCAAGGCUCGCAUGGUAAUUGAAUGUCCAUUUGGCCGCGUUAAAGCUAGAUUUGGAGCUUUAAAGAGAGCAAUGGAUAUAAAUAUGGAUGAGCUACCAUGUGUCAUUUAUGCAUGUUUUGUGCUUCAUAAUUACUGUGAGAUAAACAAUGAAAAGAUUGGAGAAGAAAAGGUUUCCUCUGCCAUUGAUUACGAUAGAGAGUUUCAACCAGCUGUUGUUACUAACAAUUUCACCACUGAUUGCAAUGAAAGUGAGGACCAGCUAGGGAAAAUCCUACCACAGUUGCUUCAAAUAGAGCAAGGAUUGGUAAAUUGUGGAAUAUUGAAGUAUAUCAAGUUAAAUCCUGACUUAUGGAGAGUGCUGUUUGUGUGUGGAAAUAUAUUUCAAGUAUCAGCUGAUUAUAUAUUGGAUCAAAUACAAGUGGAUUUCAGUUCAUCACAACUUGAAAAGGAGAAGGAAUUCGACACUUUCAAAUAUUUUGCUGAUGUAUUGGAAGCAAUUGACAGUGGAAGUAAUUAUGGUGAACUUGUUUUCAAUUAA